CUUCUGCAACCCUUCCUUUCGGCUGUUUGUUGCUUUGUGCUUUUGGUCUUUUUGCUCUCUGUCUCUCCUUUUCCUUGUUCUUCAUGUCAUUCAUUCUUUAAAAUAGAUAAUUGGCCCCUAGUGCUAUAAUGACUGUCUUAAUCGCCUUUUAGCCAUUCAUUUUAUCGAUCAUUCGCUCUCUUGCCGCCCGGAUAAAACACUUUAUCUGCAGUCCCUCGUUUGAACUCCUGGACAAGCCGAAAAGCCAGAUGAAAAUAGCAUCAAUUUGCGUUCCCUGAUACUGAUCUUCAUCAAUUGCACGGCUUCUUUGCUGACACUCUUUUCUGAAAAAGGCGAACCAAGCAGUUUUAUUAUCUAGACAAUCAUUCUUUUUUUUUUUUUCGCUAUUGGCAAAAUAGGACUUUGCUUAAUUUAUAUUGCUUUAAUUAUUAUAUUACCCUCCUUUUUUUUUUUGGCAACCUUAAUGAGAUAAUAGCCCUUGUUACAGAUCCCUCACACACCAUGUCAUUGUCUAUUCCGCCCCUGUCCCCAUCUUCGAAACGUCGAAGGCCUUUGCAUGAAAGAACUCCGUCUCAAAGCAACGAACGCCCACCCGCGUCAACGUUAAGACUCGUUAUGGAUAAAUCUUCCGAAGAUGAAGCUGACAUCUAUUCUACGGAUCCAUAUCCCACGAAACCGGAGCAUAUUUUAUUGCCCACACCUAGCGACAACCAAUAUGGCGGACCCCUAACAUCGAACCCUGUUUCAGCUUCGUUCCAUAACGACUCAACCGAUACCUCCCCCUCGAGCGCGGAAUAUGCCAGUCGAAACUUCCCCGAGGAUCACGGUGGAAGUGUCUCGGAGCUUUCCACCCUGGUGCAGGAGGGAAACCUGUCGAGCUUUAUUUGGGGUGAAAGCCAAAACUCAAGCAACACUUCCAUACCACACCUGGCGACUCCCGUCAUCGAUGAGGCCGUCGAGGCCGGCGACGAAAAAUCUGAAAGCAGUGACCGAACUCGCCUUCCACCGCUGAACACGACGAUCAAGACCGUACCGCAGGACGACUCGACGCCAGAACAGUCUGACUCGGGCCUGACCAGCAGUUCGAGUCCGAAUGUGGUUCGUCUGGGCUUGACUUCGAGCCCAAACGUUAUUCCCCUGGAAAGCUCAUCUCCCAAUUUUAUGCCACUUGUGACCUCCUCGCCUUAUUACGUCAAGGAAAGCGCCUCAGAUUCUUCGUUAUAUUCCGCCAAUACAUUUGGGACAGCCAGACGGUAUGUCCGUCCACAACAGCAAAAUUCGGGCUUUUUGGAACGAGACAGCAACCAGUCACUAUCUUUUUCUUCGGACCCUCCUAGUGCUAUUCUAAGAACGCACCGAUCUACAUCGUCUUUUGCGCUCUCAAGAGGGGGCUCGACACAUACACGGACGGCUUCUGCAUCCACUCGGAGCGGACAGUCACCCUCGGAUAUCCAAACGAUCAUUGAUAGCGGCUUGCCUGUGAAGUAUCCAACCAUCCAAUCACCUCCGUCCGCCGGUUCGUUAGCGGAAGGAUCCUCGUCGAGACUACCCUCACAAUCAUCACAGUUAACGAGGUAUCAACCGGGUAGAAACCGUCUCUUGUCAAUUGUGCCCUCUGAAUGGUCGGCGGAAAGAGCAUUGAGCUCGGCCAGUGCCUCGCCCCAGGUUGACCAAACGGACUCUAGUACGGAAUCAUCGGGAGAUAAUGCAAUUAGGGGUCGCCCUUCCGACUUUUCAAUUCGGCUCGUGGCUCAAUCCGAAAGUGACGAAGGAGCCGACACCCUUUCCCAACUUCAGCCUUGCUUGCUGCGAACGAAGCGAUCUGGAUCUUUGAGUAAUCGUUCUAUGGUAUCAAGAUUUGACAGUUUUCGAUUGAUGAGCAGACCAGGUUCUAGCGCCAGCUCCAUCCUCAACACCAUCCCUACUUGGGCCAAAGUAUACUAUCGCAGCGGUGGCGCAGGGCUCCAAUUAUCAGCUCUGUCUCUAGUUGAGGGUAGCCGCCCUUCGACGGCUGCGAGUGCCCGCCCCGCCGCCCAUCUGGGUCCUCUAGAAAUAUCCCGCACACGAUCUCGACCGAGGAAGAACACCGACACUCGAUUAGCUUUGCCUACUGCUGAUACGAGGGAUCCCAGGACACAUUGGGCUGGUGGGUUCCAGCAGAGCGAGAGGAACGUCCCAAAAACCCCUUCCCAAGAAGACCUUCCUGCGAAUUGGUCACCACAUCUAUUUCCAGAUCAUCGCACAGGCUCCGUUCGGAGGUCUCUUUGGAACCCACCUUCUUUGGACGAGAGCGCGGAGGGUAUAAUAGGCUGGCGCAACGUUCAAAUUUAUUUAUUUUGCCUAGGCUUCUUGGUGCCAUUAACGUGGUUCGUGGCUGCCUUCUUACCACUUCCUCCCAAAGUCUUUCCGUUAAACGAGGAAUUCACCACCGACCAGCCGGACGUCGAGCGAACGUUCAACAACCGAGUCAAACACAUAGACCAAAUUCGCUACGAGAAUGCCCGAUGGUGGCGAAGGCUCAAUCGCUUUAUGACACCAGUAGGCCUUAUAAUCAUUGCUACAAUUGCUACUCUAUCUGUUUUGGGAACUAAAAACAUCAUUUGAGAACCACAAAAAAUAACAGAAAAAAAAGCUUCGAUUUCUUUUCGGUCCUCGACCGUACGACUUUACGCCUUUUAUGCUUUCUUUAUACAUGAACCUACGACCGAAUAAACAAUCCAAUCCGUUCCUGGGGCGCCGGAUUCGCAUCCACCCCCUUAUGAACUUACGACGGCGUCAUUGCUCGGUUAUUUAAUAGACCUUUUUCGUUUAUUCAGCGAUAUUUGACUUUUUUUUUUUUUUUUUUUUGACUUUAAUGCUUCUGACGACCUUAUAAAAUGGUUCGGCUUUUUGUUGUAUGUUUUUGUGUGUUUGGGAGCUUUUAUUAUUACUACUUCCACAGCUUCAAACUAUCGCUGUUAUAUACUUCCCAAAUGUCUACACCUCUCGCUGUACAAAGUAUAUUUUACAACACUUGCCUGUCUAGUGUCUGGAAGUAUUAUUCCUUAUCUUUUUUUUUCCCCCCUUGCUGCCUCGGCGGCUAACUACCUUUGGUUAUUGGGUUAUUGAGGGUAUAAAUUCUCCCCUUUUCGGCUUGGAAUUUAUGUGGGACAUUAUGGAUGGUCUUUAAUUGGUAUUGAGUGGGAGGGUUCGUUUUUAGGGGGGUUGUCAAAUAUUAACUUCAUAUUUGAAUGGAGGACAUUACUAUUUG